AUUUGCUCGGUCGCCCGUUCCGUUCUGCAGCUUAGUACAACAGUUCGUAUCCAGCGGCGCAUGGGGGCCUAAGCCUCGUGUAGUUUAAAUCGUUAACUGUUUGUGCCAAGUGAUAUCACUGGGACCACACUAUUGUGAUAACCGACAGAACAAACAAUAAACACAAACGUUGAACUCUUGCAACAAGCAACAAAAGAACUCUUGACUGACCGUUAACAAUGGAGGACGGCCACAGCAAAAGCGUGGAGGAGGUGUUGAACUAUUUUCAGGCUGAUGCUGAACGGGGCUUGUCGCUUGACCAGGUGAAAAGGAGCCAAGCCAAAUACGGCCUUAAUGAAUUGCCUGCUGAGGAAGGCAAGUCGAUAUGGCAGUUAGUUUUAGAACAAUUCGACGAUCUUCUAGUCAAGAUUUUAUUAUUAGCCGCUAUCAUUUCAUUCGUUCUCGCCCUUUUUGAAGAACACGAGGAUGCAUUCACAGCCUUUGUAGAACCUUUUGUAAUUUUGCUCAUCCUUAUCGCUAACGCCGUCGUCGGUGUCUGGCAGGAAAGAAACGCUGAAUCCGCUAUCGAAGCUUUGAAGGAAUAUGAACCCGAAAUGGGUAAAGUCGUCAGAUCCGACAAGUCUGGUGUUCAGAAGAUCCGCGCCAAGGAAAUCUGCCCCGGUGAUGUCGUUGAGGUCUCCGUCGGUGACAAGAUUCCUGCUGAUAUCCGUCUUAUCAAGAUCUACUCCACCACAUUGCGUAUCGAUCAGUCUAUCUUGACUGGUGAAUCCGUUUCCGUCAUCAAGCACACCGAUGCUAUUCCAGACCCCCGCGCUGUCAACCAGGACAAAAAGAACAUCCUUUUCUCUGGUACCAAUGUCGCCGCCGGUAAGGCCCGCGGUGUUGUCAUUGGCACUGGCUUGAACACCGCUAUUGGCAAGAUCCGUACUGAAAUGUCCGAAACUGAAGAAAUCAAGACUCCCCUUCAGCAGAAACUUGACGAAUUCGGUGAGCAGUUGUCUAAGGUUAUCUCCGUUAUCUGCGUUGCUGUCUGGGCUAUCAACAUUGGUCACUUCAACGAUCCCGCCCACGGUGGCUCUUGGAUCAAGGGUGCCGUCUACUACUUCAAAAUUGCCGUCGCUUUGGCUGUCGCUGCCAUCCCUGAAGGUCUUCCAGCUGUCAUCACCACUUGCUUGGCUUUGGGUACCCGCCGUAUGGCCAAGAAGAACGCUAUUGUCCGCUCUCUGCCAUCUGUAGAAACCCUUGGUUGCACCUCUGUUAUCUGCUCCGACAAAACCGGUACCUUGACCACCAACCAGAUGUCCGUCUCCCGUAUGUUCAUCUUCGAAAAGAUUGAAGGCAAUGACUCUUCCUUCCAUGAAUUCGAAAUCAGCGGCUCUACCUACGAACCCAUUGGUGAGGUCUUCUUGAAGGGCCAGCGCAUCAAGGCUGCCGAUUAUGAAACCCUCCACGAAAUUGGUACCGUCUGCAUCAUGUGCAACGACUCCUCCAUUGAUUUCAACGAAUUCAAACAGGCUUUCGAGAAGGUCGGUGAAGCCACCGAAACCGCUUUGAUUGUCUUGGCUGAGAAAAUGAAUCCCUUCAACGUUGCCAAGGCCGGUGAUCGUCGUGCCGCUGCUAUUGUCGUCCGUCAAGAAAUUGAAACCAAGUGGAAGAAGGAAUUCACUCUUGAAUUCUCUCGCGAUCGUAAAUCCAUGUCUUCCUACUGCGUACCCCUCAAGGCCAGCAAAUUGGGCAAUGGACCUAAACUUUUCGUUAAGGGAGCACCUGAAGGUGUUUUGGAGAGGUGCACACACGCUCGCGUCGGUGGCACCAAGGUUCCACUUACCAACGUUCUUAAGAACCGCAUCUUGGACCUUACCCGUCAAUACGGUACCGGCCGUGACACCCUCCGUUGCUUGGCUCUUGCCACCGCUGACAACCCAAUGAAGCCCGAUGAUAUGGAUCUUGGCGAUUCUACCAAAUUCUACACUUAUGAAGUUAACCUUACCUUCAUUGGUGUCGUAGGCAUGUUGGAUCCCCCACGUAAGGAAGUCUUCGACUCUAUCGUCCGUUGCCGCGCCGCUGGUAUCCGUGUCAUUGUCAUCACUGGUGACAACAAGGCUACCGCUGAAGCUAUCUGCAGGCGUAUUGGCGUUUUCACCGAAGAAGAAGAUACCACUGGCAAAUCUUACUCUGGUCGCGAAUUCGACGACUUGCCCCUUUCCGAACAAAAAGCCGCUGUUUCCCGCGCUCGUCUCUUCUCUCGCGUAGAGCCCGCCCACAAGUCCAAGAUUGUUGAGUUCUUGCAGAGCAUGAAUGAAAUCUCUGCCAUGACUGGUGAUGGUGUCAAUGACGCCCCAGCUUUGAAGAAGGCCGAAAUUGGUAUUGCCAUGGGCUCCGGUACCGCUGUCGCUAAGUCCGCCUCUGAGAUGGUGUUGGCUGACGACAACUUCUCUUCCAUCGUCGCUGCCGUUGAGGAAGGCCGUGCCAUCUACAACAACAUGAAGCAGUUCAUCCGUUACCUUAUCUCUUCCAACAUUGGUGAAGUCGUAUCCAUCUUCUUGACCGCCGCUCUUGGUCUUCCUGAAGCCCUUAUUCCAGUCCAGCUCUUGUGGGUCAACUUGGUCACUGACGGUCUUCCCGCUACCGCUCUCGGUUUCAAUCCCCCCGAUCUUGACAUCAUGGAGAAGCCCCCACGUAAGGCUGAUGAAGGUCUUAUUUCCGGAUGGUUGUUCUUCAGGUACAUGGCUAUCGGUAUGUACGUCGGCUCCGCCACCGUUGGUGCUGCCACUUGGUGGUUCUUGUACUCUCCUGAAGGUCCUCAAUUGACCUACUACCAACUCACCCACCACAUGUCUUGCAUCGGCGACAACGAGGACUUCAAGAACGUUGACUGCGGCAUCUUCCACGACCCCCACCCAAUGACCAUGGCUUUGUCUGUACUUGUAACCAUUGAAAUGUUGAACGCCAUGAACAGCUUGUCUGAAAAUCAGUCCUUGAUUGCUAUGCCCCCAUGGUCCAACUUCUGGUUGGUCGGCGCCAUGGCUCUUUCUUUCGGUCUCCACUUCGUCAUCUUGUACGUCGAAGUUCUUUCCACCAUCUUCCAAGUCACUCCCUUGGGCGCUGAUGAAUGGAUCACCGUCAUGAAGUUCUCACUCCCAGUGAUAUUGCUUGACGAAACUCUCAAGUUCACCGCCAGAAAGAUCGCAGAUGGUGAGAAUCCAAUAUACACUGUGUGGGGCAUUGUGCUCAUGUGGGCUGUGUUCUUUGGGCUCAUCAUCUAUGGGCCGAUCUAAUUUGCUGAAUUAACAGACAUUUAUUUGCCACUGCCUCCAAAGACGAGGAUUAGCGAGCAAACAAAACAACAGCAAGCAACAAAAUAACAACAUUUGCAAAACUAUUAGACAUCAAAAUAUGAAAAACCAAUUACCUCCGACAAAUUAAAACAGGACUUGUUGUUUUUGUGUGCGUGUGCAAUGAUAAUAUUUAUCAAAAAUCAUUGAAAAUCUUUAGAUUGGGUGGGCGGUAUGGUAAAUUAACAAAUAGUCAUGUUUUUUCUCGAUACAAAUGGUGAAUGAACUAAAUCCAUUCAUUUCAAAGUGUUGUGAUUUAGUAAAAUUAUUAUUAUUAUAAAGAAACUUAAUGAAACGUUUAAGCAAAUGCAAACACAGAGGUAACAAACCAACUAAUACGAUAAUAACGAAGCUCACUGUGUCUUGCGGACCAUUGAAGUGGUGCAAGGGACAGAGUAAGGACGGACACCAAAAUAAGUGGUAAAAGACUGACACGGUUGUUGUAUCAAUCAACAAAACCAAAAAAGAACGUUUAAAUCUUCAAUUCUUCCCCCUUGUAUUCAAUUAGCAAGCGAUUGUUAACUUUGACUACUUUAAAGAUCAGUAAUUAAUUAAACCGUAGCUCUAUUCUAAUCAAGUAAUAUUGUAAACUAUCACGACUUAAGAUAUUGGCGAAAUUUUGGACACGCCGUCAAGCGUUUUAUGAUAUUAACGACGGCGCCUUAGGAGUCGUACUUAAGUUAACACAUUGUGAACUUUCUAUCUAUUUACUACAAUUUACUAUAUCUAUCUAUAUUUAAAUUUAUGAAUUUACAAUUUGGAUUUCCCCUAUUUAAAUAAGUACGAGAAACAAUCAAUCGUGUUACGGCAAUUUACCAACGUGUUUUUAAAUGAUUUUUUGACAAAUGGUUUCGAUGAAUAUUACUAUUACUCUUCUUAGUAUUUAUUACGGAUAUGUAUGUCGCCAUAAACUAUGCUCCUUUAAUAUGACUUUUUUGUAUUUUGUGUGUUUAGAGAAACUAUUUGUCUUGCGAUUUUUCUAAGAAAACUAAGAAAAAGAAAACAUAACAAUAAUUAUUUUCUUCCGUAGUUAGCAGCAGUUAUUUGUACAUACAAAAAUUAUUUAAUAAUAAUGAAUCUACAAAUACGAAAGCAAAUAAUAGAAUUUGUAAAGUCGAUAAAAUUGAUAUACACGUACACCACAUACACAUAUGUUGAAGCAUUAAGCGAAUGUUACGUUGAUCAUAAUAAAACUUUCCAAGGUUCAA